GCAUGUGCGCGCGCGCUGGUGAGAGUGGAGACGCCAGCGCGCAUUGUGUGGUAUGAUGAGGAUGCUGAAGCCCACGAGGACUUUCCAUGGACAGACAAGUCGAUGCAAAUGAUGAGCGCCAUGGUGGAGUUGGAACCUGUUGUUUGGAACUUUACGCUCAAAUUAGACAAUGGAACGCGCGCUAAUGAGACACUAGCAGGAUAUCCAGCAGAUGAGUAUUAUAAUAUCGUUCACGUUACAGAAACCAAGAUUCUCCCGGCAUUUAUUGGAUUUUUGUGCUCAACCGGGCUUGUUGGAAAUAUUCUUGUUUUGGUGACGAUUUUAAGGUCUGCCAAGAAGACAGUGCCAGAUGUGUAUGUGGGGAAUCUGGCUGUGGCCGACCUGGUCCACGUGACGGUCAUGCCGUUCCUGAUUCACCAGUGGGCGCGUGGAGGGCACUGGGUGUUCGGCAGCACCCUCUGCACCAUCAUCACCUCUCUUGAUAACUGCAACCAGGUGGCGUGCGCUGCAGUCAUGACCGCUAUGAGUCUGGACAGAUACCUGGCCCUUGUUCAUCCAUUUCGCCUGCUGAGUCUCAGGACCAGAUCCAGGACGAUCCGUAUUAACCUGUUUGUGUGGGCAGCCUCUUUCAUCAUGGUUCUGCCUGCCUGGGUUCAUGCCAAAGUGAUCCGCUUCAGGGACGGGCUAGAGAGCUGUUCGCUGAACCUGGUCUCUCCCAAAGAAGUGCUCUGGUAUACACUCUACCAGACUGUGACCUCCUUCUUCCUGCCAUUACCUCUCAUUCUCAUCUGCUAUAUACUGAUUCUCUGCUACUCCUGGAGAAUGUAUCGCAAGAACAAAAAGGCUCACAGGUAUAACACCAGCUUGCCUCGGGAGCGCGUGGUCCGCCUCACAAAAAUGGUCCUGGUUCUCGUAGCGGUUUUCCUGGUCAGUGUCGGGCCGUACCACGUCCUGCAGCUGGUUAACCUGAGCGUACCUAGCCCCUCAUUAGCAUACCACACCUGCUACUACCUGUCUGUGUGCUUGAGCUACGCCGCCAGCAGCAUAAACCCCUUCAUCUACAUUCUGCUGAGCGGACACUUCCGCCACAGGCUGGUCUGCCGGGAUACACCCAGCAUGCCGAGUGUGGAACGGGAAAUCCAAGCCCCCCGCUCAAGUUUUUAGAUUGAAUUCACACUGAAACACACAUAACACUGUAAAUGGAUAAACCAAUGCACAAGCCUUGGUUGAUCAUAGGCAAAGCACAAUUGUUUUGGAGAAAGAUUCCUGUUUCUUGUUUUCAGUUGGGAGUUCAUAAAAGAGGCAUGGGAUGUUUUAUAUGUGCAUGUAUGCAUGUUUUGCACCUUUUACAGUAGGCCUAUGUUGUAAAUGUUGUGCUGUUAUUUAUCGUUUAAUGUGGUAUUUUGGCUCCCUCUACUGUUUAGUUUUUAAAAAGGCUUUAUCAAGCCAACAUAUAAAGUUUGUCUUUACAAACUUUAUUUUCCUAUCUAAAAAUUACAUUAAUUUUUUUUUGCGUGGCAUCUUGAUUUGCAAUGAUGAUAUAAAUGAUGAUUUAAAUUUCUAUUUCCUUUCAUUUCAAAUUUGAAUUGCAAUUAUACAAUUCAAAUUGUGGAAUUGAAAAGGCAUGUCUGCCUUUAAUUGAAAUCGAAUUAAUGUUUUGAAGGGAAACAAUUUGCAGUUUCAGACUGCAUUCAUUUGUGGCCCGCAGUAUUCAUCACUGGAGAAAAUACAAUAAUAAUAAUAACUGUGUUCGGGGCACAGAUGUAGAGCUCAUUGUGGCCUUGUACUAUAAUAUGACUCUGUUUUGUGGUUUUAAGCUUGUUUGUAUUUGAAAAUGUGAUAAUUUAUUUUCUUGUGAAUGUUAAAUUGUGUUAUCAACAGGUUUUGAAGGAAAAUUCAUAAUACCAGCAAUGGCUGCUUUGUACUGUACAGAUUGUAUUGAGGCACGUGAGCAUGUUUUCACUCAACUUGUGUGAGUGCAUCGCCAUUGUUACACACAAGAUAAAUCAAUAUUGCUCGGGACAAAAAGUUGCCGUCAUGCAGAAAUCCUUCAAGGGCAUUUUGGGAUUGUCUGGUGUGUACUGGACAUCAUGAUGAAGUGGCUGGCAGCUUUUAAGAGUGAGGUCACUGACCAGACGGGCAGAGAUGCAGGGAUCUGUUUGCCGCCCAGCUCCCAGAGUGGGAUCAAUUCUCCGACCAGACCACAGACAGACAAGGACCGCGUCUGACCUAAAGCGUGCCUGGCGGCAAUGACUGGAAUCUAACCCCAAUGCUCCGUCUCUCUCUCUCUCUCUGUUUCUCUGUUACAUCUUUAAUGGCCUAAUAAGCCAGCCAGAGGCAAAAUACCAACUGGUGUGUUCAAAUACUUGUCAAUAUUAGUGUUUCAGUGCCAACAUAGCUUGUUGAGACCAUGCGUUUCAAUACUAUUCAAUACAAUAAUAUACAAACUGUUGUGCAAUCGGCUUUGUCAGUGAUUCCAGUGCAGCAAUAAAGAUUCUGCCUGGGCAGGAAGGUGCUUUUGCAUUCUUCUAUAAAGCACAUGAUGCAAAGUCUUUGCCUUGUAUAUUUCCCAUUACAUCAGUUUUCUCUUUCUCAAACUAUGAAUUAUCAUUCUGGUCCCUGAGCGAGAUGACUGGCUAUUGCUGCUGCUGCUAAUCUGACAUUGUUUGACCUUGUUUGGGACUUGCUUCAUAUGGCACUGACCUUGUUACUUCCACCUCAGCAGUUUGGCUGCCUAAUUGUGUCAUGUUUUUCACACACUGGCUUGUUUUUAUGUUAAUUUUAUAUUGAAAGAUUAUUUAUUGCAUUGUAAAUGUAUGUUAAGGGUGCUUUGUUUUAAUUUGUGAAUGUGUCAUUUUUCCCUCAAAAUUCUAUUUAUGGCAGAUUAUUAGUAGUAGGAUUGAUAGUAGUAGAAAAUCCUAAAUUUCCCUAGGCUAGUGGAACUGUACAGGCGACAAAUAAACACGUUUUCCUGUUUAUGUCACUAAAAUGGAAAAUGCCGAAUAUUUUUGAAAAUGCAUAUCCGCAUCUUUCACUUCAGAUGUGAUGG